AUGCAGGCCCAGUUGAAGGGUUUGCGCGACGAACUCAACAAGGAGAAGCAGGCCCACGAGGUGACCCAGCAGGCUGCCAAGCACUGGGAGUCUCUCCGAGCCAAGGAUCUUGAGACCUUGAAGGCCCAGCUGGCGGGGGCCAAGAAAGACUACGACAGCAAGCUUGCGGAGGCGAAGAAUAGGCUCGACAAGAAGGUCGUGGAGAUCAACAAGGAAUCCGAUACCAAGCUCAAGACCGCCCAGGCUAAUUGGAACCCAGAGAGAACUGCCUUGAAGGCCAAUGUCGUGGAAGCUGAACACAAGGCGCUCGAGGCCAAGAUCUCACUGGAUACCUUCGCUUCCAACAACCACAAUCUCGAAUCCAGCCUCAAUGUCUUGGGAGAAUUGGAAUCUGAGAGUCAGCAACACGUGGUUGAGCUUCGCAGGCGAUACCAGGGGGCCCAUGAAGCUCAUCAAGAAGCCCAAGCCGAGAUUCGAAACUACCAGAAGCUACUUGAAGAAGCCUUAGCUGUCCGCAACGAGGCGCUUGAGCAGUUGGAAGCCUCGAACGCUGGGGUCUACGCCAACCGCGACGUUCAGUCCCCUCAUUUCGAGGAGGUUUUGAAGGACCCGGUUUGGGAGCGCAUUGCUAAAGAUGGCAUUCGGUUUAUCAGCCGAUGCCUGGGCCUAUUUCUGUGA